AGAGACAGUAAAGUAAACGUAUAUUAUUCUCCGUUGACGGAUCGAUCCACUCUGGAGAGCAUUUACAAAGAUAGAUACGUUUACGUCUGCGCUUAUAAAAAAAAUUUCCGUUUACCAAUAUUCAUGUACGUACUGCCUGUUUCUCGACUGUAUUUAAAACUGUGAUAUCAAAACAAACCGAAAAGCUCUGAGGGACGCCGGCCACUUCUACUCAAGAACUUAACUGCUCAUAGAACAAGAUUCAGCAAUAGCUUCAUUAAUAUAUCCUGUUGGUUUGUCAAUGAAGAAGACGCCGAGAAAGGUAGCUUAUUACCUUGAAAUAAUUAAACGCGGUAGAGACAAUAUAUCGUGUCCAUGAAGAGAAUUUGCAUUGUCAGUUAAUUUCAAUGCUCAUUUAUUGGACUGUGAAAAUAUUGUACCUGGACUGCACGACGACUUAUCAAUAAGUGUUAUGAUGGACAACUUUUACUUCCACCUUAGUCAGACAUCCUCAGGCAGUGUUAAUUCGACUGUUACGGAAGACAACCUCGACACAUUGCGAACUUUUGAAAUUGUAAAUUGUGUCCUGAAUGGGUUAUUAUCGAUUACGGCAGCUCUUGGAAAUGGAAUUGUGCUAUUUGCAAUAUUGAAGACGCCAGCUUUACAUUCACCCUCGAACAUUUUGUUGUUUGGUCUCGCUUUAACCGAUUUUUUUGUGGGUUUGGUGACUCAGCCUUUGAAAGUCGCCUCCUGUGUUAUCUUCCUGGUCUCCAAAGAAGAUGCUCCGCUCGCUCUCAGAAACGCGUUCGAUAUUCUUUCAAUUAUAUUAACAGCGGCGUCUUUCUUAACGGCGACGGCAAUAAGUGUAGACAGGUAUCUAGUGCUCUAUCUGCAUAUGAAAUAUCAAGUCGUCAUCACCAACAAAAAAGUCAUGGUGAUUAUUGCCUUUUCUUGGUUAAUAUCAAUUUUAUUUGGAUUUAUAUGGACGCAAAGCACUCAAGCGUAUUAUCUCAUCGGAAUCAUUGCCUUCGUCAUUUCAUUUUCAAUCAUGGUACUGAUGUAUUAUAAAAUUUAUCGAGUUGUGAGGCGACAUCGAGCACAAAUACAAUCUCAAGCACACGUCGGAGUCGAACAGAACGCUUCAUCGCAGUUGUGUUUUGCUCGUUCUGCAAAGUCAGCCAUGAACACAUUUUACGUUUGCUUUAUUCUAUUUCUUUGCUUUUUCCCGUAUAACACUACGGCUUGUGUUAUUCAACUAACCGGUUCAAGUCUCACCAAAUAUAUUGUCUUGCAAUAUACAGGGACGAUUACUUUUUUGAACUCUUCGCUAAAUCCUUUGGUAUAUUUUUGGCGCAUUGGAGAGAUUCGAGCGGCGAUUAAAAACACUUUGAAAAGUUUCAGGUCAAGAGAAGUAAGGCGCGAGCAGUCUGAAGAAACUCACGUUUGAGUUGGGAAGAAGAGCUUCAACUUAAUUCCUAGUGAGAUGUCACUUUGCUUCUAAUGUACCAACAUAUCAUUUCUUGCUGACGGGGGAAAAAAAUAUAAUAAACGAAGAAAGAAGAAGAAGAACAACAACAACAACAACAAGAGCAAGAAGAAGAACAAGAAGAAUGAGAGGGAGGACAUGGAGAAGAUAACGAUGAUGAUGAUGAUGAAGAUGACGAUGAUUGUGAGGAGGAGAGAGAGAAGAAUGAUAAUGAUGACGACGACGAUGAUGAUGAGCUACUGCUGAUAAUGUAUACGACAACGAUGGCGACACCAAAAAGAACGAUGACGACUACGACAAGAAUGAAAAUAAAGAAGGAAAAUGAUUUUGGAAAAAUAGAUAUCAACUCUCUAUACAGCUUUCUGAUCAUAGAGAUCACUGAUCUGUUAUUUCAUCAAGAUCUGUCUCGCGUUCUAGAGUUUAAACGUCGGCGGUCGAAAAUAAAGCAGUGACAUAAUUACGUGGCUGUAGGUUUUGAAGCAACAUCUUUUAUGCUACGGUCCUUACGCAAUGGUCCCAACAACUGCGAUAAGUCACUCAAAAGAAGCCUACUUUCAACAUUGCAGCCUUUCGCAAAAACUACAAAGCUGCAACGUAAAUUAUCAUAUUUUAUUUAUGUUUGUUAUUACUGGCCACUAUGGAUUAGUUGCAUAACGUGACAGACAUUUCACUGACAGGUAUUAAUUCAUGUGUGGUUUGGAUAUCUCAAGUUAAUUGGAACACUACUUUAAGACGGCUUUCAAGACUGAUAACAUAUUAGAAUUUGGCCAUACUUGUCAGUUUUCCAUUUAGAUACAUAAGGACUACAAACAAAGACAACGUUGUCAAUGGUGUAUUUCUCAGCCAUUGGUUCCAAUGUUGGCUGUUUUGUCAGCUGCCAAUGAACCUCAUUUGAAAACCAUCUGCUGUUUCUAAAUAUAUUGUCCUAAGUAAUUGCAUGUAUGACAAUCUACAGUCUAGCUCUAUGGAUUCUAUGGAUUCUCUGGAUUCAGGUUUUUUCAACGUUUGAUGUUCCCGCUGCUACAUAUUAAGCAUGACUCAAUUUAAUAGCAGUCAAAACAGUUUUAGAGAAGUAAUAAUUUAUAAAGAUUAUAGCUUUUGAUAUCUUUCAGUCUUUACUGCCUUGUUUCAAUUAUACAAAGUUGGCUGUCUUUUCAUUCAGCUGUACAAAGAAAUUCCAUUUAUAUUUACGUAACUCUUAUAGUGAUUGGUCUGAGGAUCCCGCGAUAGCUUAAUUUAACCUUUAAAAAUUGCUUUGGAAUAAACAGCUGAACUGCCACAUCGGGCAAGCGGUUAUUAACAAUACAACUAUCA